UCGCCAUUCCUACGCCUGCCCGCCGAGCUGCGCAACGAGAUCUACAGCCUCCUCCUCACCUCGCCCACGAUCCCCGCGCUGCAGCGCAAAGCAGCGCGCUGCACGACGUACAGCGCGGCGCGGGCCCUGCCGCGCGCAGACAUCCACCCGGCAAUCCUGCAGACCUGCCGGCAGAUCCACGCGGAAGCCACGCCCAUGCUCUACGGCCGCAACACCUUCGCGGCGCACCCAUCCCUCCUCUCGGGGCUCCCGAACCUCGUGCAGCCCUCCCGCCCCGUCACCGCACCCUCCGUCGCGAACCUGAUCCGCAACUGGCGCCUCGCGGUCCGGCUGGACACGGACGCGCGCUUCAGCGCCAAAGACGCGGCGCGCGCCUUCUCGGGCGCCGAGAGCCUCGACAUCGAGGCGUGGCAGGCGCAGUUCGAGGCCGCCGACUACAGCGUCCUGCGCCUGUUCGAGGAGGUGCGCGGAGUUCGUCGCGUCCGCGUUCAUGGCUCCGUCGAGCCCCGCUUUGCGCGGUGGUUGGAGCUGGUGAUGAUGAGUCCGGAGGAGAGCGAGGACGAG